ACCCACGGACGGACGCCCCCGCACACGCAGACGCAUAGAGCUUAGCGAGGCCCUGUCACACACACACACACACUCGCGCAGACACUCACAGGGACACACGCAGACACACGCACACUCGCUUGCACAACCUCCCGCCGGCCUGCCUGCCUGCCCGCUCGCCGGCGCCCGGAGCCCGCUCUGGCCGGAGGGAGAGAGAGAAUCACGCUGCUGAUGACUCCGAGGGAGGGGCCCUGGACAUGUGCUGCAGUGAGAGGCUGCCGGGUCUCCCCCAGCCGGUAGUGAUGGAGGCGCUGGACCAGGCGGAAGGGCUCGCGGACUCGCAGAGAGAGAUGCCACUGCCCCCACCUCCCUCACCGCCCUCAGAGCCAACUCAGAAGCCAACCCCUCAAGGCACCAGGAGCCAUUCCCUCACUGUCAGGAGCGGCCUGUGCCUACUCGCUGCCUCCCAGUUCCUGCUUGCCUGCGGGGUGCUCUGGCUCAGCGGCUAUGGCCCCAUCUGGUCACGGAACGCCACAGACCUCUUCUCCUCCUUGCUCACGCUCCUGGAGCAGCUAGGACCCUCGGCCUGGCUGGGCAUUGGGACCUGGGAAGUUUUCAGUCUGCUGCUGGUCUCUCUGUCUGUGCUGCUCAUUACCGCCCUGGUGUGGCACCUCCUGAGGGCUCCCCCAGAGCCACCCACCCCACUGCCCCCCGAGGACAGGCGCCAGUCGGUGAGCCGCCAGCCCUCCUUCACCUACUCAGAGUGGAUGGAGGAGAAGGUCGAGGAUGACUUCCUGGACCUGGACAUGGUCCCCGAGACUCCUGUGUUUGACUGCGUGAUGGACAUCAAGCCUGAGGCCGACCCCACCUCACUGACCGUCAAGUCCAUGGGUCUGCAGGAGAGGAGGGGCUCCAAUGUCUCCCUGACCUUGGACAUGUGCACACCAGGCUGCAACGAAGAGGGCUUUGGGUAUCUCAUGUCACCACGGGAAGAGUCUUCCCACGAGUACCUGCUCAGCGCCUCCCGCAUCCUCCAGGCCAAGGAGCUUCACGAAAAGGCCCUGGACCCCUUCCUGCUACAGGCAGAAUUUUUCGAAAUCCCCAUGAACUUUGUGGAUCCAAAAGAGUAUGACAUCCCUGGGCUCGUGCGGAAGAACCGGUACAGGACUAUCCUGCCCAACCCUCACAGCAGAGUGUGUCUGAGCUCACCAGACCCUGACGACCCGCUGAGUUCCUACAUCAACGCCAACUACAUCCGGGGCUACGGUGGGGAGGAGAAGGUGUACAUUGCCACUCAGGGACCCAUCGUCAGCACGGUCGGCGACUUCUGGCGCAUGGUAUGGCAGGAGCACACGCCGAUCAUUGUCAUGAUCACCAACAUUGAAGAGAUGAACGAGAAGUGCACCGAGUAUUGGCCAGAGGAGCAGGUGGUGUAUGAUGGCGUCGAGAUCACCGUGCGGAAAGUCAUUCACACUGAGGAUUACCGGCUGCGACUCAUCUCUCUCAGGAGCGGGACGGAAGAGCGAGGCCUGAAGCAUUACUGGUUCACGUCCUGGCCCGACCAGAAGACCCCAGACCGGGCCCCCCCACUCCUUCACCUGGUGCAGGAGGUGGAGGAGGCCGCCCAGCAGGAGGGGCCCCACUGCGCCCCCAUCAUCGUCCACUGCAGCGCAGGGAUUGGGAGGACUGGCUGCUUCAUUGCCACCAGCAUCUGCUGCCAGCAGCUACGGCAGGAGGGCGUGGUGGACAUCCUGAAGACCACGUGCCAGCUCCGUCAGGACAGGGGCGGCAUGAUCCAGACGUGCGAGCAGUACCAGUUUGUGCACCAUGUCAUGAGCCUGUAUGAGAAGCAGCUGUCCCGUCAGCCCCCGGAGUGACUCCAUUCCUCCUCGGAGGUCCUCUGGGCACCACCCAGCCUGCGUCUCGGCCCUCCCCCCAGCCGCCCCUAGGGCCCUGCCUUGGGUCCUGGCCUGCUCCCUGCCCUGCCUCUCCUGCUUCCUUCAGCCUGGCCCCUUUCCCCCAACAUAGCUCUUCCUACUGUAUAUAUUGGGGAAUGGGGUGGGGUGGGGGAGGGAUGGGCCAGGCCAGGCCUGGGGCCCCAGGCCAGGCCUGACCCACACCACACAGACCUGGGGCCUCAGUUUUUAACAAUGGUUUCAUUGCUACUUAAUCCAAAAUGUUUGUGCCGCACUCCAAGUGUUCUGCCACGGCGUAUUCUGUCUGUCCAUCCAUCUCUGCUGUCUAUACCGGACACUGUGUCUCCUCAGCCCGGGAAACGGGUAAUGAGCUCCAGCCCCUAAGUAGCCCAGGCAGAGGAGCCUGACUCGGGCGCCCACCCCACUUCUCCCAACAGGCAGAUUACAUUUUGCCCCCAGUUACUGGGACAAGGGUGGGGAGAGGGGCCUGAGGUCCUGGGGGUCAGGCAUGGUGAGCUUUUGAGAGCGGAGAGAGAUCGCAGCUGGGAGAGAGGAGUAUUGCAGCCUGGACGGCCCCUGGGUGUCAGAUGCUCCCAGGAGGCAGUGACCAGCCUGUGAGGCAUUGGGAGGGAAGGGGACACAUGGGGGCUGGGAACCCAGAGGACCUGGGCCCUGGUGGGGGCGGAAUGGAGAGGUGUAGCUCCGAGGAUGGGGUAGGAACUCGGCCCCAGAUCUGUGUGAAACAUUUUUCUGUGUUACUGUGGGAAAGCCUUCCCAGAAGUCUUGCUGCGUGUAGCUCUGCGUGUGUUCCUGUGUCCAUGCGUGUGUUGAGAGCCCAUCUGCAGGGCAUGCAUGACUCUUUGGCAACAUGUGUUAUCUUGGAGCCACGUGUUUUUAUUGCUGACUUUAAAUAUUUAUUCCACGGCAGACAGAGACACUUGGUGUCUUUUUAUAAUUUGCUCGUGGUCAUUGAAUAGAGCAAUAAAUGGAGCAUUUUGAGCAAAACUA